AAAAAGUAAUAAUAAAAAAAUUCUAUAACUUUCACUUCCCCUCAGCUCAAAUUUUUUUACUUUGAUUUCCUAACCAUAAAUUGUGAAAAGAUUUGUGGGGUUCAUUUUUUUUUUUUUUUGUUUUCUAUUCAGGGAGGAAAAAAGAUUCUUGAAAAUUUAAAAGAUUGGAUUUUUAAUGGAGAAUCAAACAAUAGGAAGGGGACAUGAAUACAAUUUGUCUUGGAGGAAAGCUGAAGAAGCAGCUUUGAGGCGAUAUCAAGCAACCCACUGGUUGGAAUGUUUCGUCGGGCCAUUAGGUAUAUCAAGCCAACCGUCUGAGAGAGAGUUUGUUUCUUGUUUGAGAAGUGGCUUUGUACUUUGCAAUUUAAUUAACAAAGUUCAACCAGGAUCAGUUCCAAAGGUUGUAGAAAUCCACACUCCUUCACAGUCAAUCAUGUGGGAUUCUCAGCCACUGCCAGCAUAUCAAUAUUUUGAGAACAUCCGGAACUUUUUAGUAGCCGCGGAAGAUUUAAAGCUACCAGCUUUUGAGGCAUCUAUUUUUGAAAGGGAUAAUAUUGAGGCAGGUUCGUCGACUAAGGUUGUGGAUUGCAUUUUGGAACUUAAAGCAUACCACGAGUGGAAGCAAAUGACUGGAGGCUUCGGAUGUUAUAAGCCUCUAAGGUCUCCUCUCUUGACCCCUUCAAUAGGAAGGAUUCAAGAACAAACACAUGUGACAAUCAUUUCUGAUAGUCACAGGCGAUUGGAAAUGUCGGCUAGCUUUCCAAAACAAUCACCGACAGAUGAAGAAAUUAAGAAACUUGAAGGCAUGAUUGUCAAGGCUAUAGCUGAAAAAAUGGUGGACAUGAAGGAAAACAUGGGCUCUUUUCAGAAUGGGAAUACGAACCAAGUUGAAUUGUUCAGUAGGAUCUUCUCUAGCUGCUUAGAGGAACAACUUCAAAACAAGUCCCCUAAGUUUAAAUCAGAUCCGUUAAGAGAGAUGAGCUGCUCAGACGACAACUCCGCAUGCAUACCCCUCCAAAAUAUAUCUAAUCUUAGGAACUGCAAGGACAAGUGUUGUAGAGCUUUCAUAAAGAAGGGAAAAUGCAACCACUGGACUCUAGUUGUGAUGCAAGAAAAGGAACUUUCAAAUCUAAAGGUCCUGUUAGCGAGUACGAAGAGAGAGUUUGAAAAUCUGCAGUCUCAGCUACAAAGUGAUCUGAAGCAACUUGGAGACCAAGUACUGGAUAUGUCUAAUGCUGCUCUUGGAUAUCACAAGGUUAUGAAAGAAAACAGAACUUUGCAUAACAUGGUUCAGGAUCUAAAAGGGAAUAUUAGAGUUUACUGCAGAAUAAGGCCUGCCUUCGAUGCAGAAGCGAAAACUGUCAUAGAUUUCAUUGGAGAAGAUGGUUCUUUGGUUGUAAUUGAUCCACUAAAACCCUGGAAAGAUGGGAGGAAGAUUUUCGAGUUUAACCGUGUUUUCGGUUCAAGUGCCACUCAGGAAGAUGUAUUUCGAGACACUAAACCGCUUGUAAGAUCAGUGAUGGAUGGUUACAAUGUAUGCAUUUUUGCUUAUGGUCAAACUGGAUCUGGGAAAACAUAUACUAUGUCUGGCCCGGGAGGUGAAUCAACAAAGGAAUUUGGAAUCAAUCAAUUGGCUCUGAAUGAUCUAUUCCUAUUGUCUGAUGAAAGGAAGGACAUCAUGAGUUAUAAGAUCCACGUUCAAAUGGUCGAGAUAUAUAAUGAGCAAAUUCGUGAUCUUCUUGCAGACGAUCCUUUGCUUACUAAAUUGGAAAUUAGAAGCUGCAUGAACAGAAACGGUCUACCUCUGCCUGAUGCUAGCGUGCAUCCAGUGAAUUGCGCUAGAGAUGUUAUAGAUCUGAUGAAACUUGGUGACGGGAACCGUGCUGUUGGCUCUACUGCCAUGAACAACCGCAGUAGUCGCUCACACAGUGUGCUGACUGUACACGUGCAUGGUGAAGAUACAUCUGGAAACAUAAUCCAUAGUUGCCUACAUUUGGUGGAUCUUGCUGGUAGUGAACGAGUUGACAAGUCGGAAGUUACUGGCGACGGCCUCAAAGAGGCACAACAUAUUAACAAGUCUCUCUCUUGCUUGGGUGAUGUGAUCACAGCAUUGGCACAGAAGAACUCCCACAUCCCUUAUAGAAACAGCAAACUCACCUUACUCUUGCAGAACUCUUUAGGUGGACAUGCGAAAACGUUGAUGUUUGCUCAUGUCAGUCCUGAAGGGGAUUCCUUUGGAGAAACAAUUAGUACUCUGAAGUUUGCACAGAGGGUUUCGAGUGUGGAACUUGGUGCAGCUCGUGUAAAUAAAGAGAGCGUCGAAGUUUUAGAGCUCAAGGCAGAGAUCAAGACCCUCAAAAAGGCGUUGGCUAACAAGGAAGCACUAACUCCUCAAACUAACAAACCAAAGGAAGCAUUAAGGACACCUUUCCAGAAGCCUAAAGCAACAGCUGAGCUUCAGGAAGGAUAUGAUGUCACAAAAUUGUAUGAUCAAGCGGGUAAUGAUAGUUUCAUGAAGACUCCUCCGAGUCCACCUUUUGCUUUUAGAAGCCAGGAUACUCCUCAAACUCCAGCUUCUGGUCUCAAAUACCAGCAAGCUCCUCGGAGUCCAACUUCCGGUUGUAAAAGCCAACAGCCUCCUCGGAGUCCAACUUCUGGUUUUAAAAGCCAGCAGCCUCCUCGGAGUCCAACUUCCGCUUUGAAGAGCUGCAAUGCACCUAGGAGUCCAACAAGUGCUGCCAUCCAAAGCCAGGUUGUGAAAACAACAGAUAACAGAACAAGGAUUCCUUCUCUUCAACUACCCAAGACACCCGAGCCACUGAUAACCUCUAUAAGUGAGAACAAGGCAGGAAUGCAAAGUAACCGUACCAUUUCAUCUGAAUUCCAGAAGCCUUUGACUAGCAGUACUCAUGGAAAGGGAUCUCAAAUACGAAGAUCACUUCGGACUAUUGGGAAACUGAUUAAUGGUUCUGAUAGAAAGAACCAACAGAAAAGGACUGAAGCAGCAGCCCCAUUAUCGCCUUUUAGUUGCCAAAAUGAGGAGAAGUCAUCAACGGCAUCUAAUGCAAGGACACUGAGAAGACAAUCCUUAACUGGCAUCCCACUACCGACCAUGUCGAGAAGAUCUUCACUUGGAGGAGGGAGCGUGCCGGAUUCUUGUGCAAAUGAAAGUAGAAAUUGUAAAACUCCAGGUGCGUCAGCCAAGUUAACAAAGAGGUGGCUAUGAGGAAACAACACUAAGUAGUUAACACCAAGAAGCUGAUACAUGAAAUAAAGAUUGAAAGACAUAAAUAGCUGGAAAGGGAGAUUAAAAGAAGUCAGUCCACCUCAGCAACCAGUUCAAGAAAGUAGUUAUAACUGUCAAUUAGUUAGACAGUUUUUACUGUCACUGUUCAUUCUCAAAUCAGUUAAAAGUAGUUACAAUUGUAUUCAUAGUGUAUUCCUUUUUCAGAUAAAUAGGGAAUCUGUGCAAUAAAGAAUCAUCAAUAACAAAUAUCAGUUUUUGUUCUAAAUUUCUCUCUAUGGUGUUGC